UAGAGAGCAGGAGCCGGCUGACAGGGAGAGGUCUCACCACCGACGCCUUUCUGGCAUUAAUAUCCGUCUGUUUGUUGCUUCAUAUGUUACAACUUGUUUCAAACACAACGGGACAUUUAUUUCUGUCUAGACCUGAAGCCAUCUUGAUCUAAAAGCUCAGUGAUGACGACCUACCAGGAGUUCAUUCAACAAAAUGAGGAUAGAGAUGGAGUGAGAUUCAGUUGGAAUCUCUGGCCCUCCAGCCGUCUUGAAGCCACGAGACUUGUCGCCCCCGUCUCCUGCCUCUUUACACCUCUAAAGGAGAGGCCUGACCUGCCACCGGUCCAAUAUGAGCCAGUCCUGUGCAGCCGUGCCAAUUGCAAGGCCGUACUCAACCCUCUGUGUCAAGUUGACUUCAGAGCCAAAGUGUGGGCAUGUAACUUCUGUUUCCAACGAAACCCUUUCCCUCCCUCGUAUGCAGGCAUAUCAGAGGUGAACCAACCUGCUGAGCUCAUGCCACAGUUUUCUACCAUUGAGUACAUAGUACAGCGUGGCUCGACAGCCCCUUUGAUCUUUCUGUAUGUUGUGGACACAUGUUUGGAAGAAGAGGAUCUACAGGCCCUCAAAGAGUCUCUUCAGAUGUCCCUGAGUCUGCUGCCACCCAACGCACUAGUGGGCCUUAUCACAUUUGGACGUAUGGUCCAAGUUCAUGAGCUCAGCUGUGAGGGGAUUGCUAAGAGCUACGUGUUCAGGGGCACCAAAGAUCUUUCUUCUAAACAGAUCCAGGAGAUGCUUGGUUUGAUGAAGCCGGUAGCAGCUGGACAGCCCGGUCGCCCAGCGGCCCCUCAGGAUGCUGCAGGCUCUUGCAAAUUCCUUCAGCCCGUACAUCGAGUUGAUAUGAAUCUCACAGACUUGCUUGGAGAACUUCAGAGAGACCCUUGGCCUGUCCCUCAGGGCAAACGGCCACUCCGCUCCACUGGUGUUGCAUUGUCUAUUGCUGUCGGGCUGCUAGAGGGCACCUUCCCAAACACGGGGGCGAGGGUGAUGCUUUUCAUCGGUGGGCCGCCCACCCAGGGCCCAGGCAUGGUGGUGGGAGACGAGUUGAAAACCCCUAUCCGCUCCUGGCACGACAUUCAGAAGGACAAUGCACGCUAUUUGAAAAAAGCCACCAAGUACUAUGAAGCUUUGGCCAACCGGUCUGCAGUAAACGGCCACUGUAUUGACAUUUAUGCCUGUGCCCUGGACCAGACUGGACUGCUGGAGAUGAAGUGCUUGUCCAACCUUACAGGGGGGUACAUUGUUAUGGGAGACUCUUUUAAUACUUCCCUGUUUAAGCAAACCUUCCAGAGAGUCUUCAGUAAGGACUACAACGGAGACUUCCGCAUGGCCUUUGGUGGUGUUCUGGAAGUCAAGACGUCAAGGGAACUAAAAGUUUGUGGUGCCAUUGGACCAUGCGUUUCACUCAACUCAAAGAGUCCCUGUGUUUCAGAGAAUGAGAUGGGUACUGGUGGCACAAAUCAAUGGAAAGUUUGCAGUCUGAAUCCCUCCUCUACUUUGGGGAUGUACUUUGAAGUCGUGAAUCAGCACAAUGCACCCGUCCCCCAGGGUGGCAGAGGGACAAUCCAGUUUGUAACCCAGUACCAGCAUUCAAACACACAGAGGAGAAUACGCGUCACCACUAUCACCAGAAACUGGGCAGAUGCCCAGUCUCAAAUUCAGCACAUCGAGUCAUCAUUCGACCAAGAAGCAGCUGCAGUGCUCAUGGCUCGCCUGGGGGUCUUCAGGGCGGAGUCAGAGGAGGGACCAGAUGUGCUGCGUUGGCUUGACAGACAGCUCAUCCGCCUAUGUCAGAAGUUUGGCCAGUUCAAUAAAGAUGAUCCUACCUCCUUCAGACUGUCAGAGUCCCUGUCCCUCUACCCACAGUUCAUGUUCCACCUGCGACGGUCACCUUUCCUGCAGGUGUUCAACAACAGCCCGGAUGAGUCAUCCUACUACAGGCAUCACUUUGUGAGGCAGGACCUGACCCAGUCUCUGAUCAUGAUGCAGCCCAUUCUCUAUUCCUACUCCUUCCACGGACCACCAGAGCCUGUGCUCCUGGACAGCAGCAGUAUCCUGCCAGAUCGUAUCCUGCUGAUGGACACUUUCUUCCAGCUGGUCAUCUUUCAUGGGGAGACCAUCGCCCAGUGGCGAAAAGCAGGCUACCAGGAAAUGGCAGAAUAUGAGAACUUCAAACAGCUGCUCCAGGCUCCUCUGGAUGAUGCUCAAGAGAUCCUACAAGCACGCUUCCCCAUGCCACGCUACGUUGAUACUGAGCACGGUGGCUCACAGGCUCGCUUCCUGCUCUCCAAAGUCAACCCAUCACAGACCCACAACAACCUCUAUGCAUGGGGACAGGAGACAGGAGCCCCAAUCUUGACUGAUGAUGUCAGCCUACAAGUCUUCAUGGACCACUUAAAGAAACUGGCGGUUUCCAGCUCUGCAUAGAUGUCUUUCCACUACUUAGGGACAAAGAAGUAUAUGCCAUUUGUAUUUAGCUAUCAGGAUCCAUCAACAUUUCCCAUGUUUUUACAGAGGAGACAAACUCUUGUUUACUGUAUGUUUGAUUGACAUGUACAGUACACUGUCUUGACUUGUGACAUUUCCAUAAAAAUGGAACCGGUGUUCCUGUAGUGUCAUGGAGUAGGGAAUAGCACAUUCCUAAAAAAAAAAUGUCUACACAUUUUAAUAAGACUUAUUUGAAUGAAAUCCUUACUAUUCUCAAGAAUUGGUGUCUUCUUGUCAGCAAUAUCGAAUUGUCUUUCUAUUCUGUUAGCUAUAAAGUCUGACAUGUAGAAUUAUUAGACUAAUAAUUUAUUUGUCAUCUUGUGUCUGUGCGUGCGCACUUUCUCCAUUAGCUACAGAUGGCAUGUUUAGCAAUUUUCCAAUCAAAGAAUAUAAUAGUAAUACCAGCCAUAUAAUGCUUGCUUAAAAAAUGUUAAUGAGCCUAAUGAGAGCUGAUGCUGAUGCUGAUGGCUUAUUAUUAAGUCUAUUUGACAAAGAUAAUUAAGGUCCUACAAGGAUUAUACCUCUGUUUUCUAAGAAAAUUCCCUCGCUGAAUGAGGAUUCAACGUUCUGAGGAAUGGGUCAAUCACAGCUCUACUGAGACUGACUGUUUUCAAUGACGAAUGUUUGUUUAUUUUUGUCUUUAUAGGGCACUCUACGGUUCUCAAUACAACUUGUAGAUCAUGUAUUUUGCACCCAAUUGCCACCCAUAUGUCUUUUUAAUGAAACUGAUAUAGUUCGAGUACAGAACAGUACGUUGCAGUUGUUUAAUCCUGCUGGAUUUUUCAAGUGAUCCAUAUAAAGACUUACCAGCAGGGAA